CGGCGCGCCCGGCCUACGGAAAGCGCCAGAACCCUAGCGGCCCGCGGCGGCGACCUGGGCAUUCGCGAGCGCGCAGUGUGCGGGCUAUGGCGCGCUCCGCCACCGUGUCCCAGAGGACGAAGAUAAAACGGACGGCACCCCGCGGCUUCCUCAGGCGCGUCUUCAAGCGAUACAAGCCUCACCUGCGUCUGGAGGCGCGCGGCGACUUGCUGGUUCACCUGAGCUGCUUGCUGUUCAUUCGUCGACUGGCUGAAGAGUCCAGGACAAAUGCUUAUGAGAAUAAAUGUAGUAUCAUCAACAAGGAUCAUGUAGUGGAUGCAGCGAAGGUAAUCCUAAAGAAGAGCCGAGGUUAGAAGUCAACAGUUUCGAAAAUUAUAUAUUUCAAAGAGUGAUAGGUCAUAAAAGCACAUUUUUGUAUCAUUUCAUAUUGUUGCUUAUUAAAACAUUGACUUUGUAAGCAAUGGAACAUUUUGUGUAUUUUACUUCUUGUAAGGAAUUAGAUUUUAUUCAUUUAAAGUGGCCUCUCAUUUCUGUGUUGCUGUUGCAAAGGGUGUGUGUUGAAAGAGAACUUCUGAACUUUAUUGUACUUUAUCAAACAUAAAGUACAAACAUAUAUUAAAUAGCUUAUAGAGAUAGACUUCUCAGACUUAAGUUUAUAUGUUUGUAUUUAGCCAUAAUUAUGUAGUGAAUUUAAUUUCCUUGGAAAAGCAACAUAUAGUUAAAGGUAUGUGCAUUUUGAAUAUGUUCACUAUUCAACACAUUCAGGAAAACAAUGCAGUUUUACUUUCCUUUAAAUCAAUAGUAACAACAUAAUUACUGCAUUAGAAGAUUAUCUAUGUUU